AUGGGCGGGAACGCCGCGCUGCGGAUCUGCUCCGACCAGGUGGUCGUCGACCUGCGCUCGGCGCUCAAGGAGCUCGUUGAGAACGCCCUCGAUGCGGGGGCGACAAAGCUGGAGGUGCGCCUCAAGGAGCACGGCGCCGAGAUGCUGGAGGUGACCGACAACGGGCGCGGCAUCUCGUGCGAGAACCUGGACGGGGUGGCCCGCCGCCACCACACCUCCAAGCUGCGCGAGUUUGACGACCUCGGCCGCCUGCGAUCCUUUGGCUUUCGCGGCGAGGCCCUCUCGUCGCUCGCGGCGCUCUCGAGCCUCUCCGUCGCCACGCGGACCGAAGACGACGCGGUCGGCACCUCGCUCUCGUUUGGUCGGGACGGCGAGAUCAGCGCGAGGUCGAAGGUGGCGCGCGACGUCGGCACGACGGUCUGCGUCGCCCGCCUCUUUGAGCCCUUUGCUGCGCCGCCGGACGCGUACGACGUCAACGUGACGCCCGACAAGAGGACGGUCUUCUUCGUCGACGAGGCGGCGCUGCUUGGCUGCAUCGGAGAGAUGGUGGCGAAGCUAUUCGCCGCCGAGCAGUGGGGGUGCGGGCACUGCGGGGGCGCCGGACGGCUCUCGCCCGUCGCGCAGGGAAGCGUCGCGAAGCAGCUGCGCGAGCUGCAAGAGGCGUCCGCCGAGGAGGAGCGCUCGCCGCUGCAGACGCUGCAGACGGCCUGCACCAUCUUUUCGCAGCAGAUAGCGGCGUGCGCGUCGCGCUACAUCAAGGGCUGGCUGAGCCGUCACGGCGGCGACGAGGCGACGGUCUAUGAGCCGGAGAUUGAGGCGCCCCUCGCGGCUUGCGGCUUCGACUGGCAGCGCGAGGCGUUCGAGACGCCUCCGGACGCCGCCGCGUCCUUCAGCGCGCAGUAUGCGCUCGCUUGCUGUGCCGCCGGCGGCGGAGGCGACGCGGCGGGUGCGGGUGCGAGCCUCGGCCCCGGCGGGCGGCUCGACUCUGGCCCGGCUGGCGGCGCGAGCCCGAGCGUGCCGAGCUCGAGCGUGCCGAGCUCGAGCGCUGACUUUCGCACGAUGGAGGCCGCGAGCCAGCAGAGAGUCGCAGAGAGUCGCAGAGAGUCGCAGAAGUCCGUCGACCAGCACGCCGCCGACGAGAAGUUCCGGUUCGAGAACCUGCAGCGCUCGACCAAGCUGCACACGCAGCGGCUCAUCCGGCCGCUGCCUCUCCACCUUACCGCCGUGGACGAGCUCACGGUGAUCGAGCACCUGCACAUCUUCAAGGACAACGGCUUCGAGGUGCAGGUCGUGCAAGACGCGCGGCCGACCGAGCGGCUGCGUCUCCUCACCCUCCCCUUCUCCAAGCACACCGUCUUUGGCGUGGCCGACGUGCACGAGCUCAUCGCGCUCCUCACCGAGGCGCCCGGCGCCCACGCGCGCCUCCCGAAGCUGCGCGACAUGUUCGCCUCGCGCGCCUGCCGCGGCGCCGUCAUGAUUGGCACCGCGCUCGAGCCGCAACGGAUGCGCACCAUCGUCUCCAACCUCGCCGGCCUCGACCAGCCGUGGAACUGCCCGCACGGGCGGCCCACGCUGCGCCACCUGAUCGACCUGUCAAGCCUGGGUGGCACGGCCGCGGCGAGGGGGCUUGAGACGAUGUCCAAAGAGUAA